GAUGACUCUCAUCUCUCCUUUCCUCAGCCACGCCAAUUCCCAGGGCCAGUUGUAUUUGGAACAUUUGGGAGAAGAUGCAAAGAUGGUGUUCCAAGCUCCGAUCCUUAGCCGCUCUGCAUUCAACUCAUCACAAAGCCUAUUUUUUACCGCAUCCUCCUCUUCACUCUUCUCCCUACCUCUUUCAAAAAUCCAUUUUUUAUACCGUUCUUCCUUCCAACUUUAAGCAUAUUCCCUAUGGCUCCAUUUCAGCUCCUCCACUUCCACUCUCCGCUCACUCUUUUCACCACCCUGCAUCCUUCAUGCAAGUGAGGCAUAUUACUGCAAAACAAAGGAAAAGGAAGUUGAAGAGUAGGAAACCAAUGACUCCAGUCGUAUCUAAAGUGAAGAAAAUAAAAAUCAAGGGCUAUUCGUCUUUUAAAGGCAGGUUUAGAGUGAUGAAAGAUGGUCAAAUAAGGCGUUGGAAAGAAGGGAAACUUCAUAAUGCCCAUUCAAAGUCCAAAAGUGCUAAACGUAGGCUGAGGAAACCUGGUACGGUCCCUUUGGCUUACGCAAAAGUGAUGAAGAAGCUCAACUUCUCUGGUUGAAUCAUCUGGAUUAUCAUUCUAUGCUGCCUCCAGUUUGGACAGCUUUUCUUGCAGUCCUUGUUCCUUCCCAUUUUUAACAGUGUAGGUAAAACAUGCUUGUUUACUUAAUUUGAGCAAAGUGAGCACUUCUUUUCAGAAAUUGUUCUGGAAAUGCAGGAUCCAUUAGAAUGGAUGUAUACUACUAAACUAUGUUCUGUAGUUCUGUUACAUGAGUAAUCAUUUUUUUUGCUUCAUCAUCAAUAACCCAAAUGAGAGUUGCCAGGCCCAAUCCUGUCUGGUUGAUGCCACAUCACCCCUUAUUAGCACUGGUAAUGUGUCAUCUGUGUAACUUUAUAAUGUUUUGUUUGCUGGUUAAUAUUUUC